AUAAAUCUGAUUUUUAAAGCAACUCCUCUGGCUCUGUUAAUGGCAAUGGCUGCUCCGGUUCGAUUAUAUGAUGCCCAUUACAUUCCAUUACCAUCACAGGGUAAUGUCUACAGCUUGGCAUUUCUACAAGUGGACAGGGGAGUUACAAAAGUUCUGGUGGCAUCAUUGAAAAGAAAAGUGUAUUCGCUGGAGUAUGUUCACGACGCGCGUGGAGUUCUGCAUCCCACCGUCAACGAGAUUCCCUUCACCUACCUGCCGGAGGGCUCUGAGAUCAUCUCUAUCGAUGCAUUCAACAAGAGCGAGAACAGAGAGGAAAUGGUGGUGGGAUUUGCCAUCAUCAAGGACGUAGACCGCGGCGACGGCAAGACGUCACAGUACCUGAACAUCUACAGCGACUGGGAGCCGGAGUUUGGCGCCAGCCCGCUGGAGACGCUGGCGCAGAACUGGCGCCACGUGGAGCUGCCGUUCAUCCCGUACCAGCUGCAGCACGCCGUCGUCGACAUCAACGGCACGCUGGACACCUGUUUCCUGCUGAGUGGCAGCGACAAGACAAUGCACUUGUAUUGCGAGGAUAAGCCCAAUCAGAGCUUCCGCGAGGAGCCUCUGGAGCCGCUGUUCCCGGAGUUUGCCGACCUGCCAUCUGUCGUCCUGUGGACGAACUUCUACAAGGACAUACCCGGACUGCGCGUGACGGCCCUGGCGUGCGAGUGCGGCUACAUCCGGGUGAGCGUCGUGGACCUGUCACUCCUGCGCGUCACGCACGUCUGGUCCACGACACACGACAACCCGGUGACUUCCGUGCGCCUGUUCACCCUGGGCACGCGGCUGGAGGCGCCCGAGUUUGUGCGCGCGGCGCUGCGCGACCCGAGCGACCUCGCCACCCCUGCCGACCACCAGCCGCUGCACCUGCUGGUCACCAACGCGCUGAUGCCGUCGGCGGUGUACAGCGAGCUGCCGCUGGCGCCCGGCCGGCCGCCGCCGCGCCGGCAUCUGCUGGCCGACAGCGACGCCAGCGACGUGGUCACCUGCUCCUGCGUCUGCGACAUCAACAUGGACAGCCGCAACGAACUGGUGCUGGGCACCUACGGACAGGAGAUCCUGGUGUACAGCCUGCAAGGCAACACGUGGGCGCAGAUCUGGCGCCACAGCUUCUCGCAGCCGCUGCUCGGGGUCACUUACGUGGACCUGAUCGGGGACGGCAUCAACGAGCUGGUGGUGCUGACCAACCACGGGCUCCAAGUGCUGCAGCACGACACGCGCGAGGCAGCCGCCCUCUGCCGCCAGCGGCUGGAGACGUUGAGCGGUCUGACCAGCGGCGACUUGGGUCGGCUGGUGGAGGCCGCCCGCCGACCGGCCGGCCAGCAGCAACCCUGACCUCGGCCGACUAGAAGAGAUCCUGACCUCGGCCGGCCAACAGUGACCUUGACACCGGGCCGCGAUGCCAGUCUGCCGCCCGUUGACUCGGGACAGUAAUCCAGCCGCCCGACAGUAACGUGAACCGCGUGCAGCACUUCACUUUAAACACAGUGUAGAUGUUUUCUACGUCGAAACAUAUCGGUUACCGGUGGUACAGCUGGCGGCAGCUCGGGCUGGGUGGCGCCACAAAUGUCGCCCGGGCCGUGGCGGCAGUAGUCGUCACGACCGCUGGCGGUCGCGUCUUGAGACCAGGCCUUGCGGGCCGCACUGGCUGUGACCUGGUGGAAGCGGACGCCCGCAAGGCCGGGCAGGGCGCCGCGGCUUCAUCCAGGCGGGGUCAGUCACGCGGCUGUCCGUCACCACGCUCACAUCGCCCAGUAUUUGUGCCUCGUUAGUUAGUCAGCACUGGUUAUAGAUCAUGACAAUCUUGGAUUGGAAAGGAAGACCGACUUGUUUGCCAUUGUAUGCUACGUUGUUUCUUCCCGUGUGGCAUUUGGACGGGGUGAAAGCGACGGUGAUAAUGUGACUGGGAUCGUCUAUGUCACGCCGGGUGGAGGCCGUGUGCACAUGAGGCUGUUCAGGUGAUGUGCAAUUGCAGCUGAGUAAUCAAACGUCUGUGUGGAGCUGA